AAAAAAAAUUUUUUUCUCGAUUUUUUUUUCGGUUCGAUAAUUUAGAUAAUUUAUUAACAAUGACUUCUAAACCUGUUCGUAUUGGUUGUUAUAGUGCGUUUUGGGGUGACUCUGUUUCUGCAGCGUCACAAUUAGUUAAAAAGGAGAAAGAAAAAUUGGAUUAUUUAGUCGCUGAUUAUCUAGCCGAGGUAACAAUGGGAAUUUUGGCCCGUCGUAGAAAUUCCAAAGAAAAAUCAAAAUUAGGAGGAGCAGGAGAAGGAGGAUAUGUUGCAGAAUUUGUUACGUUUGUUAUUAAACGACUCUUACCUGAUUUAAUUAAAUAUAAUAUUAAAGUUGUUACAAAUGCAGGAGGAUUGGAUCCUUUAGCAUGUAAACAAGCAGUAGAAAAGGCAAUUAAAGAAAGUGGAAUAGAAGUUAGAAAAUUAACUGUAGCAGCAAUUACAGGUGAUGAUAUAUUAAAUCAAAUUGAAGAACUUACGCAAAAAGGAGACAUUUAUGAUUUUACACAUAUAAUUGGAAAUGAAAAAGAUUCAGAAAAUUUUCCAGAUGAAGAAAAACAAAUAGUUUCACUUAAUGCAUAUCUUGGAGCUAUACCAAUUGCAAAAGCACUUGAUUCCGGUGCAAAUAUUGUAAUUACAGGUAGAUGUGUAGAUAGUGCGUUAGUAGUUGGACCUUUAAUUCAUGAAUUUAAAUGGGAUCCACAUAAUGAUUGGGAUAAACUUGCAUCAGGGUCAUUAGCUGGACAUAUUAUUGAAUGUGGAUGUCAAGCUACAGGAGGAAAUUUUACUGACUGGGAAGAAAGCGCAUUUUCUGAUAAUGAUGGAUGGAUAAAUAUUGGUUAUCCUAUUGUUGAAUGUUUAGAAAAUGGGAAUUUUUUUGUCACAAAACCGAAAGGGACUGGAGGUAUAGUUACCACUGCUACUGUAGGAGAACAAAUGCUUUAUGAAGUUUUGGAUCCUGGAUCAUAUAUUUUACCUGAUGUUGUAUUGGAUUUAAGGAAUGUUAAAUUGGUACAAAUUGAAAAGGAUAAAGUUUUGGUUACAGGGGCUAAAGGGAGACCUCCAACUGAAUAUUUAAAAGUUUCUGGUAUUUAUUUGGAUGGUUAUAAAAUGACUGGUUCAUUACUUAUUGGAGGAAUCGAUGCUUGGAAGAAAGCAUCAACUGUAGGAUUUUCGAUUAUUAUGAAAACUCAUUUAAUGUUAAAACAACUCGGAAUGAAUACUUUUCGUGAUGUAAAUAUUGAACCGUUAGGAGCUGAACAUACAUAUGGACCUCAUGCAAGAGCUCAUGAUACAAGAGAAGUUAUUUUAAAUAUUACAGUUCAUCAUGAUGAUCCGCAGGCUUUAAUAAUUUUUGGAAUGGAACUUGCUCCAGCUGCCACUUGUAUGGCUCCCGGAAUUACAGGUGGUGCUGGAUCGGGGAGACCUCAUCCUUCACCGUGUCUUGUACAUUUUUCAUACCUUGUUUCAAAGAAUGUUGUUCCUGCUUAUUUAGUAGUUGGAAAUGAUGAAAUGGUACCUGUAUAUUUUGAGGGACCUACAAAUAAUAAUAGUGACAUAGCGCCUCCAUUACCCGAAAAUUCCGAUGAUGAAUUUGAAAGUGAUGUCAGUAAAAUUGGUGGUACUAUAAAGGUUCCUUUAAUAAGAUUAGCAUGGGGAAGAAGCGGUGAUAAAGGAAAUACUAGUAAUAUUGGUAUUAUAGCGAGAGAAGCAAAAUAUUAUCCUCUUCUAAAAAAGACGUUGACCGAAAAGGCCGUUAAGGAUUAUAUGGCACAUUUAUGUGAAGGUACGGUGAAAAGAUAUGAAUUACCGGGUUGUAAUGGAUUAAAUUUUGUGUUAACUAAGAGUCUAGGCGGAGGAGGAUUGAGUUCUUUAAAUAUUGAUAAACAAGGAAAAACUUUUGCUCAAAUGCUACUUAGCUUUGGAGUUAAUGUUCCUUCAAAUUGGUUUUCUAAGCUUUAGAAUUAAUUUAUUUAAAAUAUCGUGUUAUUAUUGUACAUAAUAAAUUUAUUUAAAUUAUUUCUAUUAUUAUUUUUAAAACAAUUAUUAU